CCGUGGGCCCUUGCGACUUGCGUAGUAUAAAAAUGGCCGGAGGGCAGUGGAUGGGACACAUCGCAACGAACGCGAGAACAGGGCUCCGGGCACGCAUGGACGCGCUCUUCGAGCAGCUCUCCGUGCUCGCCGACAUGGCGCUGGACGGCGGGGGCUUCGACCCGGCGCGGCUCGACGGCAUCCUGGCGCUCUUCGAGGGCGAGGCGCGCGCGUCGUGGGCGGCGGCGGCGGCGGAGGCGGAGGCGGAGCACGAGGCCGUGGUCCGCGCCACCGAGGCGGCCGCGGAGGCUGCUGAGGGCCACCUCGGCGCCGCGAUGGGCGCGGCCGUGGGCACAUACCGCGGGUCGUCGGGCGAGGGCGGCACGCUGGCCGCGGCCACCGCCGCUAUGGAGAUGGCCUUCAACGCGACGUCGAGGUCGUAGGUCAGUGAGAAAUAAUAGAUCGAUCGAUCUAAUUAGAUCCAUGUACGUAUG